AUGGAAGACAGUUCUCCGGAUUUGUCGUUGCGAUUGCGACGCGGAUCCAGCGGGUCUCGCGAUAGUUAUUACAUUGAAUUUGCGCAGGGAAUCGACUCGGAUAUCGAGAUUGAAGACACGAAGAAGAAAUUGGAGCCAAAAGUCGAGGAAGAAGUCAAGUUGGAUGAGUCGACGAGCGAAGCAGCGCCAACUUUGCCUCCCGUGCCAUCGGAUUUGGAAGAAAGCAUGAUUAUGGAAGAUUUGAAGCGAACAGUGCCAUCGCCAUCAUCCAAAGACCCUCUUGCAACUGUAGAAUCGUUGAGUCCUGAACGUCGCUCGAACACGUCGAACCUUCAUGUGACGAUAUGUGAUACGAAAGUAAAUUUAGCCACAGACGAUAUCGAAUCCUCAUCCAAAGAAGAAGAUUCGCCUCCGCCUCCCUUCCAUCUACCAUCCGGCACGUCAAAUACGAUGAUUUCCGGCACGCAGAACAACAGCAUCGUAGCUUUCACGCAACUUCAUCCCUCGAUUUUGUCGCCAUCGAAGCGCCCAACUCGACUUUUGCCCGAAACAAAAAGCGAUGACAGCGAAAAACAGCAAAUUAGUGCUGGAUCUGCGUUGGCAACAACUAUCAGCGCGUUGUACGGCAAACUCCUGGUCGUGCUUGGAUUCACUUUUCCCGUUGCCGAGGUCAUUUCUACGUACAUUCCGCCGUCAUUUUAUGAAGUUUAUUACUUGUAUUUGUACAUUGGAAGCAUGAUGUUUCUGUUUUUUAUGUAUCUCUCGUUGAUGUGGGGAGGAGGAUCAAAAGUUAUUGCAUCAUCAGCCAUGAAUAGUCCGAAGCCGAAGAAACCGAAGCCCGCCAAAGUGAACAAGUCCUCCGAUAGCGGAGAAGAAUCCGAUCACGAAAGUGACACGCCAAUUCCGCCGCGAAUUCAGAUGAUGGCACGAAGACCUUCGAUAAUUGCAGCUUCGCUUAGGACGCAACAUUAUGGCAGUUUUUACUUGAGAAUGGGAGCUGUUGCAUUUGGCAUUGGCAGCAUGAUUUACAGCGGCUUAGAAUUCGGUCAAUAUUUCGAACUUGAACGUACGAGCAAGUGUUCCAACAUCUUGGUAGCUGUCACGCCGCUCACCCGAAUGUUGUUUAUCUUCAUCCAAAUGUAUUUCAUCUUCUUGAACAAUGAGCAAAUCAACGUUUACUGCUACCGCGGAUAUCGUGUGAUCGCCCGUUUUGGCUUGCAACACAUGAUCGGGACGAAUCUCAGUGUUUGGUUCAGUGUUUUGGUGCAAGAAACCAAACACACGAUUUUGACGUUUUACAAUCCGGAGAAUCAAACGUUGCGGAUUUCGCAUCGACUUGGCAACAAAGGCAUCAUGGUGCCAAUUUUGCAUGGCGCAACAGCAGCUCAUUUGCGGUUUCCGCGAGGUUUGAAGGGACCUCAUAACAUUUUCGAGUGUCGUCGAACGAAUAUUAUUGGGACUUUGGUACAAGAUGCGUCGCCCUUUUUGUUCCCGUGUACGAUCGAAUAUUCGUUAAUUUGUGCUGCGAUACUUUAUGUCAUGUGGCGAAAUGUUUGUCGACCAAUUCCCGCGCCUCGAGUGAAGAUUGAAAGUUUGAUGCAGAGCAAGAGAUCGCCUCAUCAUUACUCUGUGGAUUGCGCUCGAGCUCAUAAAGGAUUAUUUUUAGGGAUUCUGAUGCUUGUGAUGACGAUUAUCUCAUUAAUUCUCUUUUUUGUACUGAUUUCGAGACCAGAUUUUGUCUCAUUAGCUGUCACAGAAGUCAAUAUUUGUGAAUUAGUCCUUUAUGUGCUCACAACCCUCGCAACUAUCGUUGGAAUGUGGCAAAUUCGUCAUUUAGAAUACGAUUUUUCCCGAAAUUUCACUCUUGACGAUAUCUUGCUCGUGGGCGCCCAAAGCGGAUCUUUCCUCUAUAGCACAUUUACCAUCAUUUCGGGUCAUUUUACGUUGAAAAAGGAAACAAUUCUCGUUUUAAUCACCGCAUUAGUCAGUUUAAUCGAGACUGGAUGUCAAACGAUGUUUAUUCUCAAUGCGGGACGUCGAAGCGCUCGAACCCCCGAACAUAUAAGGAAAAAACCCGGGCGAGAAAUUGUCACAUUUUUACUCGUUUCAAAUUUAGCAAUGUGGGCUAUAAAUACUCUCGAAAAGACACGCGCCGAAAGUCACCCGAUCCAACUGAAUUUUUACGGAUUGUGGGCUUGGAGCAUUUUAACGCAUGUCGCAAUGCCAUUAGCAAUAUUCUAUCGCUUCCAUUCGACCGUUUGCUUGUGCGAAAUUUGGAAGCGAGCGUACAAGAUUAAGCCAACGUACAUGUAAGACAUUUAAGUUUUCGAAUUAAGUUUCAUCCUGUGAUCUGUAAUCCCAAAAUAUAUUAAUCGAUGGUUAAACUAUAGAGAUUUGUUUAUAAUUUUUUGCAUUUGUUAAAUUUUUCAUUUUUAUCUAUUUUUGAGUCAAAGUACAAAACUAACGUAACUUUAGUAGUCGAAGUAAUUUAAAUUUUUCUAUGUAUAAAAAAAUUAUAAUAUUCAAAAAAAAAUUUUACCUCAAGAAUUAACGUAAAAAAAAUAUCAUAUAAGACUGCAUAUACUCCGAGACUCCUU